ACAACUGCUGAGGCACUGAGAAGACAAUUGAAAGAUGAACAGCAUUCAAGGACAGUACUUCAAGCUAGGAUUGCUGGUGACUCCGCUGAACUACAAAAAUUACAACUUGAUUCCAAGAAGAAAAAGUUAAAGAUCAGUAAGAAAGCUGAUGAAACUGACAAAGUUGUCAACUUGGUGUCACAGCAAGUUGAACAAUUAAAAAAAGUGUAUAAUGAUAAAACUAAAAGAAUUGCUAAACUUGAAGAACAAAUAUCUUUAUUUAAAAAUAAACACAGAGAAACUAAAGAACAUUUAGCAAAGAAGAAAGAAGAAUUGGAACCGGAACACAAACAUGUGAAGGAAGAAAACUUGAACAAAACAAAAAGAUUGGAUUAUAUGAAACACAGAACAGAAGUAAUUGAUAAAAAGAUGGAGGAAAUGGAUUCAUCCUCUGUUAUUAUGAAAAAAGUGUUAAGCAAUACAGAAAAUGACAUUUUAGAAUUAAGUGCUGAAAUGGGUGAGAUGGCAAUUAGAUUAGAAACAGGUCAAAAAAUGCAUGAUGAUUUGAAAAUUGCACUUGAGGAAGUUGAAAAAAGAAGCGAAGAACAAGCAUGUCAACAUGAAAAUCACUUGAAAGAAAGGCAGAUUGUAUUGAAUGAUUUGGAGGCUCAACUUGAAAAGAAGUUAGAGGAGAAUGAAAGAUUGGCUCACCAAUACAGAUAUCUACAAGACAAGGUGAUUGCAACUAAGGACAAACUUAUGAAUGAAUUUGAUGGAAAAAUUAAAUUUGAAUCCAGUCUUAAAGAUCAUAAGCAGUUGAAUGGUCUACAGUCAAGACUGCAUGCUUCAUUAGCUAUUUAUUAUAAGAUCAGAGGACUUUACAACCAAGCUGAAUUAGCGAAAUUUGAAGCAGUCUCACAGAAGAAUGGACAACGUAUUCAUAUAUUACAAGUAGAUAUGGAUGAAGCUAUUAGUACAAUUGCUCUGUUUUUAAAUGACCAGAUUGAUGGUACUGCAGCUCAAAUGGUAGCUGCUGCUGCCAAAUCAGCUCUCUUUGAAAACUCUGACCCUAUACCACAAACAAAAAAACUUAAAUCAGCUCUCAAGAAACCAGUCAGUACAUAAUUUACACAUGUAUUUAAUUACAAAAUAAUACAAGUGACUUGCAUAUAUUUGUUAGAUUUAACCAAAACAAAUUAUAUAUUUUAAGGUAUUUGUAAUGUCCUGUAUCUUAAUUUUAUGUUGCAUUCCCACUAAUAUGUGAAACAUAACUUUCAGAAUGAGUAAAAACAUGUUAAAAUGAUUCUGUUUUAGCUAAAAAUAUAUAUUGUGGAAUACUUUAUUUUCGCUGAAAAGGCUUUUGGGCGUUUUUUAUGGAAUUUAUUUUCACUGUUUUUUGAUGAGUUUAAUGAGAAAUAUAGGAAAAAAAGUAUAUUCGCUGGAUUUUAUUUUCACGAAAUCAUCCCU